CCCGCGGCGGGAGCGAUGGCCGGAGCCGUCCUCAAGGUCGCCGGGCGGCAGCUCAGCCUGCGCAGCGGCUCCGGAGCCCCCGUCCUCUUACGGCAGAUGUUUGAACCCAAGAGCUGCACCUACACCUACCUGCUGGGUGACCGGGAGUCCCGAGAGGCCAUUCUGAUCGAUCCUGUUCUGGAUAUGGUGCAGCGGGAUGUCCAGUUGGUCAAGGACCUGGGACUGCGGCUCCUGUAUGCUGUGAACACCCACUGUCAUGCCGACCACAUUACGGGCUCAGGGAUGCUCCGGUCUCUCCUACCCGGCUGCCAGUCUGUCAUCUCCCGCCUUAGUGGAGCCCAGGCUGACUUGCACAUUGAGGAUGGAGACUCCAUCCGCUUUGGGCGUUUUGCCUUGGAGACCCGGGCCAGCCCCGGCCACACCUCUGGCUGUGUCACCUUCGUCCUGAAUGACCACAGCAUGGCCUUCACUGGAGAUGCCCUGCUCAUCCGGGGCUGUGGGCGGACGGACUUCCAGCAAGGCUGUGCCAAGACCUUGUACCACUCUGUCCACGAAAAGAUCUUCACGCUUCCAGGAGACUGUCUGAUCUACCCUGCUCAUGAUUACCAUGGGCUCACAGUGUCCACUGUGGAAGAGGAGCGGACUCUGAACCCUCGGCUCACCCUCAGCUGUGAAGAGUUUAUCAAGGUCAUGGACAACCUGAACUUGCCUAAGCCUAAGCAGAUAGACGUUGCUGUUCCAGCAAACAUACGCUGUGGGAUCCAGACCCCCCCUUCCUGACCCUGGCUGUCUGGUACUGAAAUCCAUUAAGAACAGCACUGGGAGGGGUGAGUGGAGAGGAGUCAUCCCCAGAGCCGCCCUCUCUUCCCCUCCCUCACCAGCCCCUUGAGCUUCUUAAAUAAAAAAUCUUUUUGCUUUU